AUGCCCACUUCCAACUUUAAGCCUUCUUGGUGGAACCAAAUUACAACUGAGCUUACUGCUACUUUGGGUGUUUCUAUCGAUGUUAAGCCUAUCAAAUCAAAGAAAAUAGCUGGUGCAAUUAAAUUCAGGGACAAGCCAUUCCCAUACCUCGAUGCAUUGACUGAACUCUUCCAUGAACAAACUGCAACCAUGGAGCAUGGGGCCACACCCUCGUAUAGACCAGGUGAUGAGGUCACAGACACCACUUUGGAUAAUAGUCCCGGAAUACCAAGGGCUUGUGGGAAGAGACCUGUUGAUCCUGCCCCAUCCGGAGUCGAUUCGCGUGAGAAGCAUAAUAGGAUUAACACCAAGGUGGAACCUGCCAAAGCGGUUAUCGAGGCGCUUUACGCGAUGGAGCUUGCACCAGACGAUUUUUGGAAGGCAAUUGUUGAACUUAACAAGGAAAAGCAUAAGGCAUUGAUUUUCUUGGUAUUGAGGACUAAGGAGAAAUGGACUCAAGUGGAAGAUUCUGUUGUAGCUACCUCAAUAGAGGAAGAAGAAAUGGCAGUGGUCUGCUAUCAAGUUGCUGCUGCAGUUGCUAUUGCUGCUGUCAAUCAGGAACAAGUAAGAAGCAAUCCAUCAGGAGAGCUAAGUUUUGAUCCAGAAAUUGAAAUCACGGCAAGGAGAUCCAAAGCCUUGCGAAACAGAGAAGUUGCUGCUUGUGUUCUUAAGAACCAGAAGCAGAUGGCAGAGGUAGCAGCAGCUGAUCAACCUCAGGAAAGAGAUUAUUUUGUAUCCCAAGAGGAAGAAGUUCAAACUCCACUAGUGAUCUCACCCCAGCUCUACCUGUCAAGCCACUAUGGAAGAAGUUCAGUUCGUGAGGCAAGAAGUUACAGAGGAGGCUUCAACAAUUACAGCAAUUGGAGGCCACAACAAAACAACAACUGGACCAAUCAGCAGUCGAGCUAUCAGAGAUCAGCUCAACCACCUGUAUUUCAGAAUCAACCAUUUAGAGUCAAGGAGGAAGACUGGAUUAAGGUCGGUAAUGUCCUUGCUAGUCUUGACGCAACUGUGAAAGAUAUGCAAAAUCAGGUUGCACAAAUGGCAAGGAAGAUACUAGAGAGAGCUGCUAGCACUCUUCCGAGUGACACACUGGAGAACCACAAAAGAAGGGAAGCACACAACACAAAUCAGAUGGCUGAGAUGCAGCACAAGGAGGUGUUGCAAUUGAAGAAACCAAAAACGGCAAUAAUUCAGCUUGAUUAUCUAACACCGGCAAGAAACAAGGACCGGUCGUCUCACUUGGUCCAACCAAACCUCACAGUUGUCAGAGAAUUCUACAGCAAUCUAUGGGGAGUGGAUGUAGAUAAAAUUGUAGUAAGAGGCAAGUCAGUCGAUAUCAAUAGAGUGGCCAUUCGAGAAGUACUUGAAUUACUGGCCAACAUCCCUCCAUAUGAAGAUAUGGCGUUCGAUAUGAUAGAUGAAACACCUGAAGGAGAACUGCCGAUAGCACUUUGUGAAGAUGCAACAGAGGAUAUAUGGACUAUUGACAGUCAUGGGUCUCUGAAAAAUUUUCCGAUAGCAGAGUUGAAGCAAACUUACAAACGGUGGUUCAAAUUUAUUUGCAUCAAUUUGAUGCCCUCUAAUAAUCGAGGAGUGGUGACAUUCGAUGCAGCUAUCUUGUUGUAUGCCAUUGCUAUGAAUAUUUCUAUAGAUGCUACAGACGUGAUCGGAAGACAAAUGCAUCGAUACUUGAACCUGAGGCAGAAAUACUGGUUCUUCCUAAUAUUAGCCACAAGGUUGAUGAUAAGAGCUGGUGUUCACUUUCUGCCAGGAGAUGAGAGAGGAGAUAUUCCAACUCCCUGGAGUCUACAAGGUCCACCAGACCCAUACAUGAACCCUUAA